CAACAUAGAAGUACUGCACCGCCAUCCCACCUGCGAAACGCACACACGCGCACACACACGCACACACACACACACACACACACACACAGCAACACUGCAGCGACCAGCGAGUGCAGCGGCGCGGCGUCGCCGUCAUACGGUGUUUAACCUUUGUCGUCGUCACUGAUUCAGUCGUCCACGUCCCGUUGCGCGCUCCGUCAGUGUCUCUCUGUCUCGCGCCACAGUCCAUCGCGCUUCCAGUCGAAUACAAUCUAAUUAUUAUUUUAUUAAAUUAUUAAUUAUUUACAAAAUCAAAUAAAUCGUCCUCCAACAUGACCGUCAUCACUAUGCCGACGGCCGAGAAGAAGUCGGACAACGUGCCGCUGGUCACCAACAUCGAGAUCGACCCUUCUACCCAGGAAAAAGAUGUGGAAUCAGGAAAUGGUGCACAUAACCGCCCUGUCAGAUCUAAAUUUUUGGUGCUCAGAGUCAUUAAUGAUCGUGUUUAUUCUAUGUGGGCAUUAAUUUAUGUAUUGCUGAUGUCAUUAGUAAUUACAUUCAUGAUGCUCUAUGGAGAACAUAUUUAUAGAGCUAUUGGAAAUGCAUUUAACGACGAGAAUUUUGCUUUGCACAUGGAAAAUGUGGACAGCCGAAUGUUGAGUCCUGAAGAAGUCAUUUCGCAGUUUAAAGAAGAAUUUGAACUUGAUCUUAAGGAUGAAAGUUAUGAAAAAAUUCUUCCCAUUCUACCACUCCCUAACUCAGCUCGUUUUAUUCAUGAUUUUAGUGCGAAUGUCACUGGUAUUGUUGAUAUUGACGGAAAGCGUUGUUUCAUUAUGCCAUUGAACCGCAGUGCAGUAUUGCCACCACAAUCCUUGUACGAUUUAUUGUUUAAAAUGUCAAGUGGUUACUACGCCGUUGAUACCAGUAAUGUGAUGCACAAUAUGCGUGUGGUCAAACCAGCUAUUCAGGAUCUCACAGAAUAUGGCAUUUACAUUGCUAAGGAUUGUGCAGGUUUUCCAACUUAUAAACUAGAAAAAAUUGUUUCUGGAGUAUUCAAACGGAGUGUUUCGACCCACUCGAAAACUUUUUCGGCGUUUUCGGGACAAAUGGACACAUUCCGCUUAGUAAACUAUCAAGACAUCGAUUUGCAGUAAAACAAUAAUAUUAUGAUCUCCCGUCUUUAUAUUUGAUAAUUUGGUAUAAUAAUAUAGGUUACACACAUACACACACAUAUAUUUAUAAAUAAUAUACCUAUAAUAUUAUCUAUUUACGAUUUUGUUUAAGAUUUUAUUUUCAAAGUUGUAUAACAUUGUAUUCACUCAUUACACUUUUCUAGUAAGCACUUAGUGCUUUAUAAUAAUAUAAGUACCUAUACCUACCUAAUCCUACCCAAUAAAUCCGUAUAGCCAUAUAUACCUAUAGGUGGGGUAUACCAUAUGUGAUAUAUGCUAUAAUAAUAUAUAUAUUUAUUGUAGAUUGAAAUUUAUCAUAUAUUGUUAUAAGCUGUUAAAUGGUUCUAAAAUGUUGAUUAAGUUGUUCUUCGUUUGAAGAGAUCAAACGUUAUUUUGUGGAUUAUUUUAUUUUUAUUUUCGAAAGUUUUAUGCGAGUACCCACAUGUGGCCAAAAGUCCAUUAUAUUAUAAUAUUUAAGCUCGAAUUAUAAACAUCAAUGAUCAAAUUAUUAUAUGGCAAUUUUUUAAUAAUAGAUCGAGUAUAAAUUAUUAUUUUAUUGUAAUAAUCGUGUAAGGUAUAAUAAUAUUAUUAUAAACAUUAAACGAUAAUAUUAGCAAUACCUACUAUAUUAUAUACUUGCGUCUAUAGUUGAAUGGUGUAAAAUAGCAUAAUUUUUGGUAUCAGAGUAUUUGAAUUAAUAUACAUUAUACAUAAUA